AUGCCUGUAACAGGAAGUGUUGAUCAGGAAAUUCGCACACAGGAGUCUGUGGAACAGACUGGCUCUCUGGAGGGUGAUCAUGCUGCUGAGAGGUCAUCGCUUUCAGAACACAUCUUAGAUACCAGUGGUGCUGAAGUGUCUAGUACAACUGUUGAUUCAGAUCUGGUUUCAGAAACUGGUCAGGCUUUCACUCUUCCUGGAGAUGUAUCUGAUCAUGUGCAGUCAACAUCCACGGAUGGCUCUUCUGAUUUUAUUGAUGGAAGCAAAGACCAGACUACCGCAGUUGAUGAAUCUGCUUCUAAGGAGAGCUCUAAUGUUGGUUCUGCUAAUUCAGCCAGGGGUUUCCAGGAUGCAUUUGCUGCUUUUGCAUCAGCUUCUUAUCAGGAAAUAGAAGGUGAAAGUUCAUUGGAUGUGUGUAAUAAUGUCUCUGAUACUACAGCAUCGCAUCCGGUAAACAUGCCUUCUGCUGAUUCCCUUGUAUCUUCCGCUAUUGACUCUGGGCAAGUCACAACAACAGGAGAUCCACUGGUCGGAUCUGAAAAUGACAUGGAACCGACGCAGCCAUUUAACACUGAUGGCGAUCAGUUGCAGACCACACCAUUUCCAGAACCAGAUACGGACAGCCAGCCCACACAUGAAGCAGAACAAAGUGACAUCAGUGAUCAGACACCACAUACACAUAGUGAUCCUCAGCCUGCAGAAGCUGGUUCGUCCAGUGAUUCUGUUUACUUCAUCCAGACAACAGAUGCUUCAGGUCAAGUCGUCACCUCUAUCAUAGACCCCAAUGAUAUUCCAUCUUAUUCUAACUCUGUAGUCUAUAAGCAGUGCAUGAGAUCUGACGGGGAGAUAGAGACAACGAUUGUGUAUUCUGAUGGCAUGGCUGUUAACCAAGAGCAACAACCUGAAGAGCAGCAUCCAGAACAACCAGCAGCAGAUUCUGGAGAACCAGAUUCUCCGCAAGAGGAGCCGCAGAUUAUUUAUGCCCACGAUGCUAAUGGACACUUGACACCGAUCGAUUCUGCACAAUCAUUUAGCGAAGCAGCUCCGCCUGGUAAACAGUUUGUUUACAUGCAGGAUUCUAGUGGUCGGAUUAUACGAACUGUAAUGGAUGCCAACCAAACUAUGGUACCUGGUCAGCAGGUGUAUUACACCCAGAGCGAGGAUGGAAGGAUGAUCACAUCUGUGAUGGACCCUGCCUCUGCAGGGGUCACAGAAGAACCAUCACAGGGGCAACAGUCACAGGAGGCAUUUGAUCAGAUGUAUCAGCAGCAGCAGAUGGAUGAGGCAGGUGUUGCAGCAGCGAUGCAGCAGGAAACCAGCUCCACCAUGGUGGGCUCAUCUAACUUUGACAUAGACAGCAGCAUGAGUGGCUUGAACAUGCUGGCCGAGCUGUCGCAUCUGACAUCAGGUCAGGGAUUGGCCACAGAGCAAAUAACAGCAUCAAGCACUGACAGCAAUUCCAUGGAUCAGGAUGAUUUCAGACCCAUUGCCAUGGUGACCAGGCAGAUGGCAGGUGAUGAAGGCUUGGAGUCAGUCAGCUCUGAGAUUGCAGAUCUGAAAGUUGGUGAGGCAGAUUCUGAUAGUCGGCAGGAGGAAACCCUCGUCACUAAGUUUGUAUCUGAGAUGAAGGAAGAACAGCUGCAGUCAUGCACAGUGUCUCGGGACAAUUUAUUCGUUCAGUGGCAAAACUUGGACGCCAUGUGCUGGAUGGAUGUUGUUCUUAUCAUGCUGGUGAACUCGCCCUCUCUUCGCCUUUUGGUUAACCUUGACCCUGCACAUGAGCUGGCGUCAACGUUGCUAAUUACUCUUCUGAAGGCUAACAGACAAGCACAGAUUAUCUUGCAAAACAUUCUGAAGAAGAGCAGUGGAGCAGAAAUCAGCAGUCUCCAAACGGGAGCUGGUAAUUCAGCCUCAAUUCAGGACCCGAAGACAUCCAAGCUGGUCUGUAAGGAAAACAUGGAUGAGAUAGGACGGGCGAUCAACAUACUGUAUGCCAUGCGAGAGAAAAUCUGGCAGGCGCUGCAGCCUAGGCUCCGCUGUGAGAGGGGGAAACAUAACAGCCCUGUUUUGGUGCUGCCGCUCCUUGUGCGGGAAAAACCCGUAAUCAAACAGAUGUUUACAAUGAACUACAGAUACGUGUUUAAGUGUAAACAGUGUGGAUACACCCAGGAUGACAGCCACACUAAGAUUCUUCCCAGCAUUCCUGCUGUGCCUGAAGAUUUUACUAUGCAGUCACCCUGUUUUGUCCGAAACUGCUUUGAAUGCCAAGCACCCAACCAGCGAAUGUUGAUGAAGUUUGAACUACUUCAUGACUUUGUUCAGAUGCAUUUUGUGAAGGGGCUCCCUCACAGCAGAUUUGAUGAGCUGAGCUUUGAUUUCAACGAUGAUCACUAUGAGGUGACCGCUGUCGUCCACUACAAGAACAACCCUGACCAUUUCAUAGCUUGGGUCAGAAAUGCUCCAGGUCCUGCCUGGAUGGAGUGUGAUGACUUAAAGUCUGUGAUAACCUGCUACUCCAACGUCUCCCCGAACAUCCCGCCCAGCCAGGUGCACAUGGUGAUGUGGGAACGCCGGCUGACCCCACAGCACACGUUAGUCAUGCGGGAUACAGAGGACACCAAGCUGCUAGCCUCGCUGGUUCUGACUGUCCAGCAACCCAGUUCCCUUCAGUCAAGCACUCAGCAAUCUGCUGAACAAG